CUCAGUUUGUUUAUUCAAAGUGUCAAGUAAUCAUGAAACUUUUGUGUUUGAUAAUCUCAAUAAUCUUAUUUGUGGUUGCGCAUUCACAAACUUUACCGCCUACCAAAAAUUUUUUGCCAUGUGUGUCAUGUGCAAAUGAAAAUAAACCGAUCUGUGCUGAGCCAACUAAAGGUGGUGCACCUCAAACAUUUCAAAGUCGUUGUCUUAUGCUAGCCAUGGAUUGUGGACACUAUGAACCACAAUACAAAUUUUUGUACAACGGAAAGUGCCAAUGAUUUUUUAACUCUAAUAAUU